AGAAGGCGGUGGUGGCGGCUGGAGGAUCGAGCGCUGUUCUCGCUCCGGAGCCGCUGCACGGUUCGGAAUCUUCUGCAGCUUAUUCGUUGCGUGAGUAAAAACUAAGUCAUAUCCAUAAUUGCACUGAACUGGGCACAAGAAAACUGCCGUAUAUGUCACAGUAUACUGAAAAAGAGCCAGCAGCAAUGGAUCAAGAAUCCAGCAAGGCUGCAUGGCCCAAACCAGCAGGAGGAUAUCAGACAAUCACAGGCAGGAGAUAUGGAAGAAGACAUGCAUAUGUCAGUUUUAAACCAUGUAUGACCAGGCAUGAAAGAAGUUUAGGUCGGGCUGGUGAUGACUAUGAAGUGUUGGAACUAGAUGAUGUUCCAAAGGAAAAUUCCUCAGGUUCCAGUCCAUCGGAUCAAGUUCAUUCUUCUUUACCCAAUGACACUUUAUUUGAAAAAAGUGAAACAGAAAUUCCCAUUUGUGAUACAACAUUGAAUCAAACCAUUGAGAGCAAUCCAUCCUUUGCUGCAGUACAUCAUAGCGAGGAGGGCAGGGAGACUUUAGGAAGCAGUACAGAUCUUCAUAAUCACUCUGAGGGAGAAUAUACUACAGAAGCUUGCAAUGCUUCAAGUGUACAAAAUGGAAUUUCAUUGGUUCAGACUGACUCUUACGAUCCAGAUGGCACACAUGGAGAGGCCAAUGACCGUCUUCAGCUUUCUGCAGAAGUUGUGGAAGGUGGUGGCUAUCAGGAAGCAUUGGGCAAUACAAUAUUUGAGUUGGCAAAUGGAGAGGUAGAGGCAUACACUGGUCUUUCACCACCAGUUCCCUCUUUUAACUGUGAAAUAAGAGAUGAAUUUGAAGAGCUAGAUUCAGCACCUUUAGUCAGAAGUUCUACUGGUGAUACUGAGUUUGUCAAUGAGAACAAUCAGGAAUUUCAGAGGUCCUCUUCUGAAGAUGAAGUUGUUAGAAAGAAACAACAAAAUGAUACUAGCCAGGAGAGUCAGAGAGAAAAGGCAGCUGAAAAUGCAGUGUGUGGUCCCGGGCAUAUCUGCAGUGAACAAAAUACUAGUGAUAAGGGAAAGAACCAGGGAAGUUUUCCUGAACAGGUAGUAAGGCCCAAAGUUAGAAAACUGAUAAGUUCAAGCCAGGUGGACCAAGAAACAGGUUUUAAUAGGCAUGAGGCUAAACAAAGAAGUGUUCAGAGAUGGAGGGAGGCUUUGGAAGUUGAGGAAAAUGGCUCAGAUGACCUAUUAAUAAAAUGUGAAGACUACGAUGGAGAACAUGACUGCAUGUUCUUGGAUCCACCUUACUCAAGAGUUACGCAUAGGGAAACAGAACAUAACCAAAUAACAGCGGAAAGUGGAGCCACAGCAGGAAGGCAAGAAGUGGUGGAUAACGCCUUUUGGAACGGCUGUGGAGAUUAUUACCAGCUGUAUGACAAGGAUGAAGAUAGUUCAGAAUGCAGUGACGGAGAAUGGUCUGCCUCAUUGCCUCAUCGGUUUUCUGGUACAGAAAAAGAUCAGUCAUCAAGUGAUGAAAGCUGGGAAACUUUGCCAGGAAAAGAUGAGAAUGAACCUGAAUUACAGAGUGAUAGCAGUGGUCCUGAAGAAGAAAACCAAGAAUUGUCUCUACAGGAAGGGGAACAAACAUCCUUGGAAGAGGGAGAGAUUCCUUGGUUACAGUACAAUGAAGUCAAUGAAAGCAGCAGUGAUGAGGGUAAUGAGCCUGCCAAUGAAUUUGCACAGCCAGAAGCUUUUAUGCUGGAUGGGAACAAUAACCUUGAGGAUGACUCCAGUGUGAGUGAAGACUUAGAUGUGGACUGGAGCCUGUUUGACGGUUUUGCAGAUGGACUAGGAGUUGCUGAAGCGAUUUCUUAUGUGGAUCCUCAGUUCCUCACCUACAUGGCAUUGGAAGAACGCUUAGCCCAGGCUAUGGAGACUGCACUGGCACAUUUAGAGUCUCUGGCAGUGGAUGUUGAGGUGGCCAAUCCGCCUGCCAGUAAGGAAAGCAUUGAUGGUCUUCCAGAGACCCUUGUUCUUGAAGACCACACUGCAAUUGGUCAGGAGCAGUGCUGUCCAAUCUGUUGCAGUGAGUAUAUUAAGGAUGAUAUAGCAACAGAGCUUCCCUGUCACCAUUUCUUUCACAAACCUUGUGUCUCAAUUUGGCUACAGAAGUCUGGAACGUGCCCCGUGUGCCGCCGCCACUUCCCACCCGCUGUCAUCGAAGCAUCGGCAGCUCCAUCCUCUGAGCCUGACCAGGAGGCCCCCCCCUUCCGCUGACAGCUCUGCAGAAGCCCCUUAAACUUUAACCCUUGAAUGAGAUCACUAUGUCUAAAAGUCAAUCUGCAAAUUCCUUCUCAAUUUGAUGUGCAAAUAAUUAUAUAUAAAUAAAUUUAAAAUCCUAUAUAUAGUCUAUACCAUAGUUUAGAAAGAAGAAUAUUAACCUUUCUAAACUAAAUUUAGGUUUGCAGAAAGUACUAAACAUUUUCAAGCUGAAUGUUGAAGCAGUGCAUCCAUUUUCUUUCGUUGAACAUGUUGGUAUUAAUUGUAAAGUCAAGCUUACCAGUUAACUCUCUCCAGAAGAAAUAAUCAUGUAUGUGGCACAUAUUACUGGUUUUGUCUGAAGUACUGCCACUAAGUGAUUAUAAUUAAACUCUCCUAUUUGCAUCAAAUGUGAAGACUGUGAUCACAACAGUAGUAAAAUUUGGUUUCAUUGGAAAUAAAAAGAAUUCUAAAACAUGCUUUUUUCAUUGGUCGCUUUGCUUUUGCUACAUCAGAACCUCUUGGUUCAUAAUACUGAGUGGUUUUUUUAGGAAGGUGUCUAAUCUUCCAUCUUUGUUUAAAAUUAGGACUUUUUGAAUCGAAACAAAGGCCAAAAUUUUGGCUUAAUCACCACAAAAUUUUAAGAUCUUAAAUGUAAUCCCCUUGGAAUGGUUAGAUAGUAAAAUAACUUUUUUUUUCCUUUUUCUUAAUGGUGGAUGUGCUUAAAGUAAGGUUAGCAAAGCAUGAGUGUUUUACUAUGGUUGGUGCUUGAGGUAAGGUUAGUAAAGCUUAUGAACAAUCUAGUGUGCUCAGUGUUUGAUAUGAUGAGGUGAAUUAGAUGGCCUUAUGAAAUCCUUUUUCCCUUUCUACCUGGUUACAAUUAUACUUGAGAACAUUCAUGGCACAUUUCUUAGAUAAGUGUUGUUUUUAAUUUAUAAAUUUAUAAAUAUGCUUG